CGUCACCUUAGGGCGCACCGCAGCAACUUUUUGGUAACUCUUUGCACGAUACCCACGAGAGUCGUUUUACCACCAGUGGCAGUCGGACCUGUAUGGCCCCAUCGAUCGCCAUGUCAGCUUUGAGCGCUGGUUUGAAAACUGAAGACCUUCCUCCCCGCUCGUCUCUUGUCGGCAGAAGCGAGAUGCAGACCACUCUGAGUCCCGCAGAGGAGACCGGGAAGCCCAAAGUUGCCAUUCUGCCCUUCAGCGUCGAGGCACUAAUGGCUGACAGGAAACCCAGCAGAGAGGUGCCAUCCCCGGAUGCCCAGUCCGUGGCCGGGACGUCCCAGGCGCACGGAAAAAGCGCACGGAUGGGUUCUUUCGGUAGUCUAGAUAGUUCACUUCCUGCUUUACCCAUGGGCUCUUCGUUUUCAGUGGGCGAGAUUAUGAACAUGCCAGAGGAUGUGCUGAUUAAACCCGAGAGCCCGGACAGUAAAGAGAGAACUUCAUGGAUACAGAGUCCUCGUUUUUCUCCUACACCUCCACGAAGGUUGAGUCCUCCUGCUUGCCCUCUGCGAAAACACAAGACGAACAGAAAGCCCCGGACCCCCUUCACCACGUCCCAGCUGCUGGCCCUGGAGAGAAAGUUCCGCCAGAAGCAGUACCUUUCCAUCGCAGAGCGCGCAGAGUUCUCCAGUUCCCUCAACUUGACGGAGACCCAGGUCAAAAUCUGGUUUCAGAACAGGAGAGCCAAAGCCAAGCGGCUGCAAGAGGCAGAACUCGAAAAACUGAAAAUGGCAGCUAAGCCUAUGCUGCCUCCAGCUUUCGGGAUUUCCUUUCCUCUUGGAGCGCACGUCCCCGCGUCUUACGCAGGGUCGCACCCGUUCCAGAGGCACUCGCUGCCGGUUUCCCCCGUGGGACUGUACGCCGCUCACGUCGGAUACAGUAUGUACCACCUGGCUUGACAGGGACGCAGGACGAGGGGUUAAGACUACUUUCUGUGAGCCCCCAAGCGCGAGGUGGGUUGGGAGGGGGUGGGAGUGGGGGUGUAGUUGGACAGGUGAGGUGACACUCUAGUAAAUACAGAGGCAUCCUGGCGGUGAGCUCAGUGUCACAUCUUGUCAGGGGAGCCAGGACCUUCCUUGUAGACCCCCCCCCCCCUCCCCUCCCCUUCUGAGGACCUUGAAGUUUAUCCACUUCUCCUGACCUCGCCAGUAAGUUCACACACUGCAAAAAUAAUCCAGCUUUAUUAGUCAUUUAAUCUUAAAGUUUGAAUCAGUUUUUUUUCCAGUGAACUUUGAAAUAGCGUAACCAUAGCAGUCAUGAACGUACUGAAAUCUUAGAAAGAUGAGUGCGAGACUAAAUGACUCUGAGAUUGAUAUUUUUGCGGUGCAGAGGUGGGCAACAACUUAGUACCUGUAGGCCUAUGAUGUUAUGACCAAUGGACGUUCAAGUAUGGACAGCAGGCUGUGUGCCACGGUGUGCCACAGAUAGCCCACUCUUUGGCUCUAUUGCUGCUUCCAGCCAGGUAAAAAGGGCUAUUUCCCAAGCCUCUAUAUGAGUAAAUAAUUUUGCGCAGCUUGACAUAUUUUUUUUUUUUUGCACCAACAAACUUAGGUUGGGGCUUUCAUCGCAUUUGUGGGCUGCUGCCACACUGCGAAAACCUUCUUUUUUUCUUUUUUCUUUUUUUUUUUGCAUUCAUGUCAAUGCGUAACUAUAGUGGGUUAUUGAAUCCAGUGUCAAUGAAUGCUCUUUAUGAACCACAGCAUUUGUUUUUGUUUUUUUAUUUGUUUAUUUUUUUUAUAACAGCACUGUCUGUUGUUGGAAUGAUUCCCUUCGGAAGGGAUAUGUGUACUGUAAAAUAAUGUAUAUUUGAAGAAUAUCCUCAUUUAUAUUAUGAAUAUAUUUGUGACAUAACUUAACAAUAAAUUGUUUAUUCUUUUUCAU